AUGUCAAUUUCGCGUUUAUGUGCCGCGAAAAAUCAACUAGUGGCGACUCGUCCACUGCAACGCGGCUGUUUGUUAAGCCCAACUGAGGCAUACUGGCUAGUAAUUCUAUUUUACGCCGCCGAACUUGAUAUUCCUACCGGCUUGCGGAAGGCACAAAUCGCUGUACUUUUAGAGUCGCUCCGCCUUUGUUGGACAAUGCAGAGCACGCGGGAAUCGCCGAAACCCAUUGACAUCUUACGGUCAAGGUCGUCGGAAAACUACAAGCGGGGUGCCAUUGGGACUGACAGAUCGUCUAGAAACGUUUCGCUGGAUAUCGCCAAGAGGUUCUCUCGCCAGGACACCAGGUUUCAAGACGACAAAGAUACCCCCCAGGAGCGCAUGGAUGCGCGCAUACGCAGUGAUAGCGCGCUCCGUAGGAGCAGUCGCGACUUUUACAAGGAAACAGGAACCAGUAGCUUCUCUACCGGGAAGAAGGAUAGGUCAAUGGUAGCCACUGCAGGUAACAGUAUGGAGGGUGGCACCAGCGACUUGGCGGCUAGCGACUCCCUUUCCCUCAGUAUGCGGUUGGCUGCUGUCUCGAGAGCCGCAGGACCAAGAGAAGGGUUUCCGGGGUGCAACAGCUACCGCGAGUCUGCAGCCAUCUCUAGUAGCAGCAGCUCAUACCCUCCGCUGAGGUAUUGCGCCAGCGGCGUUAUCGACGCUCGCAAGUACCGUGAGGAGCUUCUGAUGAUCACCCGUGGCCAUGAGGAUAUGGGAAUGCGGCUGUACAACCACCCAUGCUAUAGGUGGUUCCUCAUGGCAAUAGUUGUGGCCUACGCUUGUUUCCUGGGAUUCUGUACCCUGCUCGACUGGCACGACAUCUCCACUCCUUGGAUAACCGCCAUCUUUGUCUUUCGCUUUAUGUUUUUUGUACUCUUUACUUUCGACCUGAUCAUGCAGGCCACGCAAUGCGUGAAUGUCAAACUCUACAGACACCCGGAGUUUCUUGUUGAUUUCGCCCUGCUCCUCUGCGAAGUCGCCAGCACAAUAUACGUUGUUAACGCCGUAUCAAAUCACUGCAGUUCCGCCUACGAGUCUACUGCUCAGUGCCAGCGCUACCUGAGUAGUCUGCGGAUCUGGUCAUGUCUCCCGCUGCUCCGUCUCUACAAGCUGUGCAAGCAUUGUGGGCCACUUCGUACCCUGACGAAGGGCAUUAUGUUGAGUAUCCAGUCCCUGGCGUGGACUGCUGUUUUCGUUAUCAUGGUCAUCUAUGCGUGUGCCAUAUACACGACCUGGGUCUUUACGGAGGUUGAGAGCGAAGAGAUGGACGACUACUGGGGCACGCUGCUGCGGUCGAUGUACACCCUGUUCACCAUCAUGACGCUGGAAGGUUGGAACGAGGUCAGCAAUGACACUGCCAAGUUCUACCCGAACUCGAAGAUGUUCUUCGUGAUUUUCGUCUGCUUCGCAACGCUUACUGUCAUGAACGUGGUGACGGGUAUUAUCCUGAAUACUUUCCUGACGGUCAACGAGAAGUUUAGUGAGGAGAAGUGCAGCAAGGGGAGAUGCGACCGAUAUGCUGAAGUAACUUCGAUUUUGGGCGAGGCGAUCAAGGGUGCGCCGACUGGGGAUCAGGCCUACCUAUCGGGAGAACCAACGCCACAGUUUGUUUCUGCUCGUACGUGCUCCAAGGAUACCAUGGAAGAGCGUACAGCAGCGUCGGAAAGCUCAAACCAAGGUGGUCGGCGCUUUAAGGGGGAUGCCGACAAAUUGUCUACGAAGAUGUUCAGGGUGGGUCAGUCAAUUGGAUUGAAGAUGCGUAACACUAUGUGGCGCAUAAUGCCCGUGCUGGCCGGCUCCCGCGACUCCACCAGGGGAGAAGUGACUUUUGCCGACAUUGAGAGCGGAAAUUGCGAUGGUGGUGACAAUGCGCCCGAUCGAGCGCAGGCGCUGAAGCUCCAGGAACCGUUGACGCCUACGAACGCCCGCGUUGGUGCUGCGCCUGAUCAUGAUGACUCAAGCCCCAAUGCUCCCUCAAGACCAACAUCGAGUGAUAUCCUCAACGACCUCAUGGAUGCGGCCGACUCACCUGCAGCAGGACAGAUCGGGACCCUCAAGGCGCCUAUACCGAUGCGUUCGCCGGCCGUCCCAGCUCCGCAGCCCGCCGCAAACAACUCCAUUCAGGGCGCAUGCAGGAUAAACAUGAGUCGCGACAUGCGAUCGAAUGGCCGCGUUAUGUAUGGAUACCGCAAUGAGGGUGACGGAGGGUCGGCCGAGAUGAUGCGCUUUGUGGAAACGCAGAGCGGAGACCACGCGAUCAUCGACAUGACCUACCGCGACCCCUAUGCCACGCUGACUGACCCUUCUAUCAAGCAAGCGCUGCGUCAUGCCGGAGUGCCGAUGUUCCAGGCGUACGAGGUGCUCAACAUGUACUACGCAAACGGGCUGUAUCAAGUGACCGUGGCCGAAUUCGCCGCUGCCUGCGAACGACUUCCAGGAAAUGCCAGCGGUAAAGACCUGCUCUCCUUCGAACUGGCGUUCGCGCGACGCCUGAGCGUGCUCGAGGCGCGUGUUGCCCAGAUAGGCACCAAGCUCGACGUGCUACUGGAAUACCUCGCCGGUUCUGCCGCGGCACCGUGUAACAAAAACUAG